AUGGAGUUUGUUUACCACAAUGUUGAUGAGCUGCGUUCUGGGAAGCAACAUUGGAGGAUUCUGGUUAAGGUGGUUCGAAUUUGGUACAGUCAAGGGUUUUCCACUUCGAAGCUUCCCCUUUCUCUUGAGUUGGUGCUGAUGGAUGACAAGGGUUCCAAGAUCCAUGCGAUUAUUAAGAAGACGUUGAUGUACAAGUUUGAGAAGUUACUGGUUGAGGGCAAUGUCUACAAUGUCAUUGGCAUUUUGACAGGUGUCGGAGUCGAGAGGGAGAUUGUAACUAAUGGAAAGAAAUCAAAGAUGAAUGUCAUUGAGAUUGAGGCUGCAGGGCUGAGGGUUGAGUGUGCCCUGUUUGGCGCUUAUGUUGAUGAAUUGGCUAAUUUUCUUGGAAAUGGUGAACUCAACAACCCAGUGGUCAUUAUCCAGUUUGCCAAAGUGAAAUCGUUCCAGGGGAACAACAGUCUGCAGAAUGUACAUGGUGCUACCAAAAUAUUGUUUGACCCUGAUGUUCCUAUGGCAAAAGUCUUGAAAUCAAAUUACUUAGAAGCUAAUGCGAGUGCAUCCCAUUCCCUAAGCCAGUUGUCUGAUUCCAAAACCGUAUCUGGGGAAGAGGAUUUUUUGGUUUUGACUAGCAGCAAGUCCAUUGCUGAACUGGUUAAUAUUAAGAAGGACUGUGUUUGUGUUGUCUACGGAACCAUACUCCCUAUGGAAGAAGGUGUGGACUGGUGGUAUACUGCCUGUAGAUGCAGUCGUAAAGUGUAUGCUAACGAAAAGAUGUUUUUCUGCGAGGGAUGUAAUCGCCAUGUUAUGGCUGUUUACCCAAGGUGGGUUUGCUUAAGUUGUAAUCCUAUUAUUGUUUAG